UCCUCCUCCUCCUCCUCCUGCGUCUUUCUGCCAGCUGAUGCUUACUGGAGGUGAAGCUGCUCUCCUGGUUUCAUCCCGGGAAAUUCUGCUCGGAUCCGCCGCUGAUUUGUCUUGCCUUUUGUUUUUGUUUUUUUAGAGGGGGGUUCUAAGCCUUUUAACUUGCCACUUGUGAUGACAGCGCAGGUGACCGGUUAGUUAAAAGCAGACAACCCCCAGAGUGAGGCAGAGCGGUCAGACACAGAAGAGUGGCCGGUGACAGGGGGAGGAAGCUGCAACUUCUCGGGAUUGUGUCGGCUGCGCGGAGCCCAGUCAGGUCCUAUCAGCACCGGAGAGGCCUCUUCAUUUCAUCCAGAGAUGGAUUUCCCAGAGGACCUGCUGGUUGACCUGCAGUUCUACAAUGACUCCCUUUUCCACAACAACUUCAGCGGCGGCUACAAUGAGACAGACACCUUGCUGCCAACGGGGGUGAAGGUCACCAUCGUGGUGGUCUACAUGAUUGUCUGCGUCAUCGGCCUCGUGGGGAACUUCCUGGUCAUGUAUGUCAUCAUCAGAUACACAAAGAUGAAAACAGCCACCAACAUCUACAUCUUCAACCUGGCUCUGGCUGACUCUUUGUUCCUGGCUACGCUGCCUUUCCAGGGCACGGAUGUUUUCCUGGGCUUUUGGCCUUUUGGUAAUGCUCUCUGCAAGACGGUAGUGUCUAUCGACUACUACAACAUGUUCACCAGCACCUUUACUCUGACGGUGAUGAGUAUGGACAGAUACGUGGCCGUCUGCCAUCCGGUCAAAGCCCUGGAUAUGAGGACGCCACACAAGGCCAAGAUGGUGAACAUCUGCGUGUGGGUGUUGGCCUCUGCCUUUGGAGUCCCGGCAAUGGUCAUGGGAAACGUUGAGGUGGAACAUAACAGUGUUGAGUGCAUCAUGGUCAUCCCUGAACCCAAGGAGCACUGGGAACCUGUUUUCGGCACCUGUGUCUUCCUCUUCUCCUUCCUCAUCCCCGUGGCCAUCAUCAGCAUCUGCUACAGUCUGAUGGUGAAACGCCUCCGAAACGUUCGCAUCCUGUCCGGCUCCAAGGAAAAAGAUCGCAACCUGCGGCGCAUCACCAGGAUGGUCCUGGUGGUGGUGGCGGCGUUCGUUGUGUGCUGGACCCCCAUCCAGAUCAUGGUCCUGGCCCAGUCUCUGGGUUUCAAUCUGAGCAGCAUGUACGCGCUGGUCAUGAUGCAUUUCUUCAUCGCGCUGGGCUACGUCAACAGCAGUUUGAAUCCUGUCCUCUACGCCUUCCUGGACGAAAACUUCAAGCGCUGCUUCCGUGAGUUCUGCCAGCCGUCUCCGUUCCGCCUCGACACUCAGCAGUCAGGCAGGAUGAGGAGCAUUGCCAGAGAGGUGGCAGCGGCCUACAGCUACAAGGCCGGAGACGGCGGGGGCCAUGGGGCGGGGACGGCUAACCCCGCAUGACUAGGCGUGGAGCUCCCUUUGGUGGGGGUAGACCCCUCGCAGAGGCGAGAGAACCACGGGACAGGGAAUUCCAACACAGAGCUGACCCAGAUCACAGCUCUCUAGCGGCACGAGCCCUCCCGCCCCCCAACACGCAGACUGGCAUGGGGCGGGGGGGAGGGAGAGGAGGAAGACGGGUUGGAAAGGAAAAGAAUUUAGGGGACGUGUCACAAACAUAACAUCUAUAGAUUCAGAGAACCUAAAAAUAUUAGCUUCUUUGAUGGGACGAUUAGGGGAUUUUUGGGGGAUUUGACGUGCCUGACGUGGACGGAGCUUAGCUGUCGCCUAAACCGAGCAAAGUAAGACGCCACAGAGUGUUUUAAACCAACCCUAAGAGGUCGUGCUCGAGGAAUCACUUUCGAUCACCAACGCAGUCUAAGUGUGUUGGUUUCAGCUCGUAAACCAGCCUCAGGGGCUCAGACAGGUGUUGUUGAAGGAGUCUGCCACCUGGUUGCUGCUCCUCCACAGAUCUGCCCAACACUCUGCUUGGUUAUAGGCUCACAUUUUGAGUGAGAGUUCAAACAGCAGCAUUGGUAGCAGCUACGGACACCAAAUCUGUGAAAACAUCCAAGCAUCACUUUGGGGGACUGAGGAAAGGAACUAAAGACCCGUUGGUGUGCAGACUGCGGCUCUCUAGGAGCAAGGACCACAAACUGGUAAAGAAUGUCUGGUCAAGAUGUGAACUCGAGUAUUCAUCACUACUGUUUGCUAUUCAUAAGUACUUCCCAUGAUCAGGGUUGGAUAAAAGGCCCAGACUGCGAUACUGUUGUCAGCAUAAGGCUGAGGUCUUACUAAAAGAGGUUUUCUUUUUGGUAGAGCGCCGCCAAGCUCUGCUCAGUUAUUUACCCUCACACAGAUUCACGGAAUGUGCCACUUAUUGGAUUAAUAUUAAAACAAAAUGAGGUUAUUUAGUCUUGAACUCUAAAUCUUAAACUGCUUUGAUAAAUCCCAUAGAUUAGGUCACAUGAAUGAUCGACUCUCAUUACUCUCCUUCUCUGGCCACAUUUUUAGUAUUUACAAAGAAAAGCCCAUGAAAUCUUUUUUGUUUACAGAGUUAGAGAGUUUCUUUGUUUUCAUAUUUAUUCAAUUUAUUUUAUGAUCACAGCGGGGAACAUAAGAUCCUUAGAGAGGAAGUUGGGUGACCAGGUCAACAUCUUUGUGGAUAACCUAAGUUCCUGAAGUUUAUAUUGUUUCAUAUAACUAUUGAUUGAGGUCCAGUGGGAAUGUUGCAGUAAACAGCAACAAUAUUAUGAACAAUACAAAAAAAUCAGAUAUGUAACCAAUCCCUAAUAAAGCUUCAACUACCGUAUUUCUCGGACUAUAAGGCGCGCUUAAAAUCCUUACAUUUUCUCAAAAGUUGAUGGUGCGCCUUAUAUAUGAUCACCG